AUGCUAAUAACGCAUAUUUGAAGGCACUUCACUGACCCCACGGCACUCACACUGAAUACUCGGUGCUACAACCUUUGGCACCCCCAAUGCUGACCAGUGUCUCUUCUGAUCUGAUCAAUGCAAUCUCUGCCAAACAGACAUCUUAGCUAGCCCUAAACUCCUAGACCAUAGACCAUCCCAGACAGUUUGAUGAAUGGCAGAAUGUGUGGGAAAACAUUCAGUCUCAGCUCCAUCAUGCUCUUCCCCCAGCAGGAGCGCACAAACUACACCAACACAUCUGAGUCAGGUGCACAAAGGACAGUCAAGCUGUUCCAGAUGGAGCCAUCGUCAUGGCUUUGGGGACGACAGGCACGGAAACUGAUCAAUGAGUCAGUGGGAACAUUCCUCUCGCUGCAGAUAGCUGUAGCUGAGGCAGAGCCAGACCGACACAAUGCUGUACUGGUCAAGAAGUGUCGAGAGUACAGGUCCAUCAUUCAGGCAUGCCAACAGGACACAGAAAACCUGCAGCAGGUGAAUGAAAACGAGAAGCAAAAUGAAACACAAGAGGAUUUGGUCAUCCUGCAAGACAUACUGUACAAGAUGGAGCUGAUUCUGAGCUUAGUGGAGCUGCUCUUUAUUGAUACUAUGUCAGAUGGUCAUCUGCUGAACCAAUUAGUGAAGUGGAUCCAGCUGCAUUUCCCCCAGCAUGACAGAAAGAAGGAAGUGGUGCUGCAGAGUGACCGCCCACACCUGCACCCUGACUACUGGAAUACUGUGUAUGGGUCAGUGCUGCAAGGGAAGCUGGAUGAUGCUCGACUCAUGCUGUCUAACCACCCCAGUGCUGACACAGACCCUUUCCUCUCCAUUGAUGAGUUACUGCGGAAGAUGCCAUUUUUCCAGGUGUAUGGGGGAGUGUCUAUAGGAGACUUUGAGGCUCGAUGGCAACACUGGCAGAGCGAGUGUGAGCGGCGCCUGGAGGAAGGCCACUUUGCCAACUCCCAUAGCUUGCAAACAAUCUGCAAGAUCCUCUGUGGAGAUUUAGAAACCAUAUCUAAGUUAAUGAACUUGAUGGACACCUGGUACCACUUGAUGGUAUCCACUCUCCUCUUCACCAAACCCACCGUCAAGUUGUUCCACCUCUCUAACGCCAGUCAGGACGCCAUCGUGCGCAUGCAAGACCAGCAAGUGAUCACAGCACUGGACCACGUGCUGCUGGCUGCCAUGGAGGCAGACAUGUACCAGGUGAUCAAGGAGUGCCAGCAGGUGAUGGACAACCCAUGGUUCACCACUCACCUCACAGACUUGCUCUACCAUACUGUGCAGCACAAGGGCAAAAACCAGAUCCUGCCACCACUUAGAGAGUAUUUGCUGCUGGACUAUGCAGAAAUGCUGGCUGGCCACUCCAGCUUGUGGCAAGUGGCCAUUCUCUACCUAGACCAUUGUGGCCCUCGUGGUGUGGCCAUGGCCCAGGAAGCACUGCAGCGGCUUCCUAUCACAAGUGAUCGCUGUGCCCAGAAGAUAAUCCAGAUGGCCAGUGAGAGGGAGUUUGAAGGAGUGGUUGUGAGUGUGUGUCGUGUGAUGGGGCGACGGGCACUCUCUCAAGGGCGCCUCGGAGCUGCUAUCUGGUGGGGAGUGCGGUCAAAGGAUGCAGCCUUCACCUCACAUGUUGCACAUCAGAUUCUCCACAAAUAUAUGUCGGAUGGGCAUUUUGAAUCUUCCACACUGCUGGAUCAUUUAGGGCCUGCCAUGCUGCUGUCCGACACCCUCACAUUCCUAGGGAAGUAUCGAGAGUUCCACGUCAUGUACCAGGAGGGCCGCUAUGAGGAGGCAGCAGCACUCCUUGUCUCACUCAUCUCAUCCAGACUUGCACCUGAGUACUUUUGGCCCGUGUUAUUGCUGGAUGCCUUGCCCCUCCUGAAGGCAAAGGAGCCGGUUAUCUCCUCCGAACAAACUUACGAACUAAUGUACAUCCUUGACACACUCACUAACACUACCAGAGAUAAGGAUCAGACCGAGAACGAAGCAGCACAUGUAUCAUUCUUGGAUAAAGAAAAGGAAAUCAGAGUUGCUCUUACUCAUAAUUUGGCUCAAGCCAUAAUCCAAGAAGGAACAGUGGAGAAUUAAUGGCGAGUGUUUGCCAUGCCCACUGUGGUGACAUCCUGUUAACACUUUGAAGCUCUUCAUUGUAGCUAUAAGUAUUUUAUAAGCAUUGUGUUGUAAUUGUUAGUUUUCUAUUUAGUAAAAGUAUGAUUUCA